UCCCGCACCGCCGCCGCCUCCCCCGCCCUCCCCCUCCGGCUCCUUCGCCUCGCCGCCGCCUCCUGCACGGCCCGGCCGCCAGCACCAUGUCCGCAGGGGGAGAUUUUGGGAACCCGCUGAGGAAAUUCAAGUUGGUGUUCCUGGGGGAGCAGAGCGUUGGGAAGACGUCUCUGAUCACACGGUUCAUGUAUGACAGCUUCGACAACACAUACCAGGCAACCAUUGGGAUUGACUUCUUGUCAAAAACCAUGUACUUGGAAGAUCGUACGGUACGGCUGCAGCUCUGGGACACAGCCGGCCAGGAGAGGUUCCGCAGCCUGAUUCCCAGCUACAUCCGGGACUCUACAGUGGCUGUGGUGGUGUACGACAUCACAAAUCUCAACUCCUUCCAGCAGACCUCUAAGUGGAUCGACGAUGUCAGGACAGAGCGGGGUAGUGAUGUUAUCAUCAUGCUGGUGGGCAACAAGACGGACCUGGCCGACAAGAGGCAGAUAACCAUCGAGGAAGGGGAGCAGCGUGCCAAAGAACUGAGUGUCAUGUUCAUCGAGACAAGCGCAAAGACUGGCUACAACGUGAAGCAGCUCUUCCGACGUGUGGCAUCAGCUCUGCCUGGAAUGGAGAAUGUCCAGGAGAAAAGCAAAGAAGGGAUGAUCGACAUCAAGCUGGACAAACCCCAGGAGCCCCCAGCCAGUGAGGGCGGCUGCUCCUGCUAAUGCAGCCUGACCUGCCAGCUUCCUUUGACACUACUCGCUUGUUGUGUUGCUUCCUAUUGGUUAGCUUCCUAAGGGGGGUGGGAAAUGAGCUUAUCAAGAUGGGAGGAUUUUUCUUUUCUCUCUGUCUCUAGGAGUAGGGUGGGGUGGGGAGGGAGGCUGGGCAUCAGGGAUCACGUCACUCUUAACAGCUGUUACUUAAACAACUAUUUUUUGGUUUGGUUGUAAUAUAUUGUACUUUAUUAAGAUUGCCAAAAACUGUUAAAAUUUAAAAAAAUUUAAAUCAUGUGUAUACAACUUUUUGCCAGAUAAAAAUGUAGUCAUUUUUAUUUAAAAGAUGUGCUUUUUGUUUUUGUAUAUUUGUAAACUUACAGAGAACCUUUUCCACACACCUCCUCCUUCCUGCCCUCUUUGAACCAUUCAUCACCUCUGCCCUCCUUCCACCCCGGCCCGAUAAAUUACAAUUAAUGGGGCAACUUAAUUAGGUUCCAAUCCCAGGCCCCACCCACCAAACAGGCCCUCUUUGGUUAAAUCAAACACUGAACACAGCCGCCUCUGAAGAGGCAACCUUUAACUCUGUCCUUCUUCCGUGGCCAGAGUGGGACAUCAGCCAUGGCCCUGAGCUGAAAUUAAGGCCUUGUGGACGGCAGGGAGCCCGGCAGCAGGCCUCACUGGAAUUCCUCCUGCCUCUCCCUUCCCCUCUCCGAUAAGCCUAGAAGGGCGUGGAGGGCACGUGCCACAGGCAACCUGUGUUCUCUGUGGUCCACUCAGUGGUUAGCAGAGAGGUCACUGGAAGGAAGGACGGGGUGCUGUUGGCUACUGGGGCUUGUGUCGAUGUGUGGUUCAUAGCCUUGGGGCACCAUGUGGUUCUGAAAAUGUUCUAAUCAGCCUUCCCAGCAAUCAGCACACAUGUCUGGGUUAAAUCUAAGGGAAGGGCAGAAGGAAACGCAGUGUGUGCCGCCCCGAAGCCCUCGUCCUUGCACCUCAGCAGAGCUAGAGCCUGUAUCGCACGGUGUCCGUCUGUGAUUGGGGCGGGGGGGGUCAGCUGCUGUACCGCCACCUUGAAGAUGCAAGUUCAGAUCCUUGGCUGCUAGUUCUAUGGAGUGCUGUUCUGGAAAGGCUGACCUCUUGAUGUGUUUGCCCCACUGGCAUAAUGCAGUUGUAAUUAUUGUGCACUUACCUUUGAGGGUUUUGUGGCAGCACUCUGGUUGCUGGAAGGUGCUGCUGAGGUGGGGUCUCCAGAAGGCUGCCCAGAGAGAGCCAUCCUUGCCAUUUUGACUCAUUUCUGAGAAGGGCUUGGUCCGAGGACCUCUAAAAUCUCUGAAGAUAAUUCUAAGUGAUGGAGCCCAUUUGGCCAGCGUUCCAAAUAGACCCAGACUUACCGACCCUGAGCCCGCACAGAGCCAGGCAGUGGGCUUGGCAACUCCGGCCAAGACACAGUAAACCCUGCUCUCCAAGCUGGGCUUGAGUCUGCCUCCAGGCUGCUGUUGGGCAUGUCUAAAGGGAGCUAAAUGACCAUCUGGGAGUGGUAGGGGCUGAAUUCCUCCACAAAGCAGGACUCCAGUAAGUUAUUGCAAUGAACUUUGGAACUUCUCAGAAACUAAUCCAAAAUGGCAGCCAGUAAGUAGACAGGAUUCACUGAUAUUUGUCCAGUGGGCCUGUCACACACUCUCAGCUUAAGGAGACGGUCAGAGCUGAUGUUUAGAGAGGAAUUUAUCUUCAGGUGAAGAAGAGAGGAAGCAGGAUUUUUCACUGAGCUCUUCUUCCAGAAAGCAAAGACUGAUGUACGAACGUUAAUUCCAGUGUCAUGUGUUUAGUUUUUAUAUGUGUGUACAUAAUUAUAUAUAGAGAUAGACUUGUGUAUACACCUUCCACACACAUUCUCACAGAGAUACAUGUGCUCAAUGUAUAUUCUUGUUUUUCCUGCUCUCAAGUUGGAACUUGCAUUGUGAUAACAGUUUUGGAAAUUCAAAAGUACUGCAACGUGUUGAAAUAAGAAAUACUUAAUAUUGUCAAAAAACUUGUGAUUGUCUUGCCAUCAAUAAACUAAUGCAUAGAUGUGUUAAACUACAGGCAAAAAUAGCCACGGGAAUAUGUGCACCGUUUCUCUCUAUACUUACAUGCAUAGGUGUGCAUGCCCAUGUGGGCCAGUACCCCCCCACCAUGGCACACCCCCAAGUGGUGCUUGUUGGAAGAGUGCUUACUUACCUCGUGAGGAUUGAUAGAGUCCAUGUUACAGUAUCAGCCUGGUUGGCAGUGAGGCCCAUUGCUUUUGGCCUUGGGGACAGCCCCAUUUGCUGGGAUCUGCACUGGGUCCCAGGGAAUGAAUGUAUGGUGGAUUUUAAUAUUCUUGGUACUAAGCGUAGCUUUUCUUAAACAUUCCUGUAAAAACAAAGCAGAAACUCAGUUCCCUUCUCAUGUGCACACGUAAGUUAAGGCACCAUGAACAUUUCUUUCCAUCACAGCCCAAGAGCAGUAAGAGAUGCAGAUGUCAUUUGGCUUGAUGUGGCCUCGGGGAGCCCUGCCUUCCUAGCAUGUACACAAGGUCCUCUCUCGAGUCCAGGCUCUCCCGAGCGGCUUCUUCUGAGGUGAGGGCAGUUGUCUCCUCUUGUCCUUCCAGCCUAGUGGUGCCAUGCCAUUCCAUGACCCUCCUUCUCUCAGGCCUGAUUUCUGCCCCUCACUUCCUGGUCUGUUGGGGCAGCCGGAUCUCUUGCACAGAAUUGGGUUGGUUCCUUGGCUCUCAUUUUGAGCAGGUGCCAUCACUGACUCUUGGUUAUAGGUAGUAUCUAGACUUGGAGCUGAGGUUUAGUAAUAAAAUGAUCAGGUUCCUUUGAAGAGGGGGUGAAAUUGCCACCACUUCCCCAGUGAGUGUUCCAUCCCUGCCAAAUCCAGAUGGGCUAGCAUGAGGCAGAGCCAUCGUUCAGUCCCUCUCCCUACGGACUAGCCCUUACCUGGGAGAUGGCCGGGGUCCUCUUCUUCAGGCCCCCUUUUUUUUUCUUUGAGGGGAAGUGUCAAAGAAAAGUUGUCAGUAAAGCUCCUAUUCUAGAGGCAUCUGAAAAAGCAUAAGAUACAGGAAGCAGAUAGCAUAGUUAUAAAUGCACACACGUGCCAGAACGAAGGUCGGCGGCAGGUGUGAGAAGUGCAGCGUUUAGUCCACGGUUAGCAAGCGGACUGGUUAUGAGCAAUCCCUCUCAGUCAGAGCCAUUACUCUCACCACUCUCUUCCUGUCAGCAUCCUCAGACAUUCUGGAACACUCCUGGGUCUGAGGAGCAACCAGAUCACUUCAAGUGUCUCAGGCAACAGAAACGAGAAUUAAAAUGCCGGUAGCUAAGCGUACAGACAUAUCUUUGAGUGCACACGUCUCUGACCUUCCAAUGGCAAGCCGGUGCUGGGAGCCCCUGCCCUCAAGCACCAGGUGUGACAAAAUGGCACCGCUGGCUUCGGUGUCCUUCGGGCAGAGCAGCCGCAUUCCUUCAUAUGGCAGAAGGCAGGUGAGAAUGUCAGGAUGUGAGAACAGGUGGCCAAGGACGGAGUCCCAAUCUGAGCCACGUGAGGGGCAGCUGAACAGAAGUCAUUGUGCAUCAACCAAGCAGGGCCGCAUGCUCACUAGUUUCCAAACUACCUCUCCCCCAAGCAUGUGAUGAGGUGUCACCACCUAGCUACGGCAGCACGAUGCGGAGGUCUCCCGUCCUUCCUGUCUCCGAGACAGGAAGACUGAGGCAGAGAAGGGCCACUUGCUUGUGAGCACCCGGCAAGUCGGAAGCGCUCAGAGCCGAGGUGUUUCCAUUCUUCAUCCAUCGCCAACCUGCGCGAACCAGUGUGACUGUGCGCCCGUAUGGAAGGGGCUGCUGUGCGCGGCUGCUCCUCAGACCACCUCUACUCUGGUUAGGAUAGAAGGUUCUGGCCAGCGUACCUGAGCGAGCUGGGAAAGAACGCAUGUCCAUUUCACGCUCCUCCAUUGCUAAGAAGGGCCAGUCCCCAAGUCCACUCUGUCAUGGGCACCCACAGACCAGGGCAUCCUUUGAGUUUUUGUUUGAAAUGAACUAUUUAGAUGUUCCAAAACCUUGGGCUCUCGAGUGUACGCUCUCCAGCGCCACAGCCCUGCGUGGCUGACACUCCCCGCAGGGCAUGGCUUAUCCUUGCAGUGGGGUUUGGAAGCUUCCUUCCACUGGGAAGCCUCCAUACACGGAAGGCCAGCCUGCGUCGUGUGGUGUGUCGACUUGUCCCCUCACUUUCCCUCACCCAUCCCCUUCAAAGUGAUUGGCCACGAGGAGCACAGAGGGUGGCAUUUCCAUCUUCACUGGCUCAGCAGGCAUAAAUGGCCACGUUGACUUUACAUGAAACUGUGUAAAAUGUGGAAGACUCAGCAUGUUGAUCAAACAAUAAACUGUCCUGAUUCUCUAACACAAAA